AUGUCCCCAAGCUGCCCUGUCCCCUCCCGAGCUUUGGGAGGAGAUGGGGGGGCUGCCAAGUUUGGGGGGGUCUGAAGGGUCAGUGCAACUCGGGGAGUGGGGGGGGGGGUCACGCUCACACUCACACACGAGACCGGGGGAGCUUAUUGUUCCCAGUUCGAAUCGCGGCGGGGUGGGGGAAUGCCCGGUGCCCCCCAACCACCCCAAACACCCUCCCCCUUACACCCGCCCAACCCAAAGGGGGGGGGUCCCCAUUGUGUGUGUCCCCCCAUCACCCCAUGGGGUGACGGACCCCAAGUCCCAGCACCCCGCACCCAACCUCAUCUCCCCGCGCACCCACUCCCACGCCCCCCCUUUCCCUUCCACGCCCCCCCCCCCCCAAUUUGGGUACAUUUUGCAGAAGCUUUUGGUUCCUUAUCCGGGGACUGGGCUGGCGGGUGUGAUUGGCCGGGGAUGUCACAUGGUGAAAGUAACUUUACGGGGUCGCCAGCUAGUAGGAGGGCUUUAUGGAGCAGAAAAACGACAAAGCGAGAAAAAUUAUUUUCCACUCCAGAAAUUAAUGAUCAUGAGCUCUUAUUUGAUGGACUCUAACUACAUCGAUCCGAAAUUUCCUCCAUGCGAGGAAUAUUCGCAAAAUAAUUACAUCCCAGACCACAGUCCGGAAUAUUAUAGCCGGACAAGGGAGUCCAGCUACCAGCAUCACCACCAGGAGCUGUACCCAGUGCCACGACCCUCCUUCCCCGACCGCCCGUUCGGCUGCGGGGGGCUGCAGGCACCGGGGAACCCGAACACGCUCCAAAGGGGACCGGGGCAAACUCCAGGAGGCCACCACCACCUCUCAGAGAAACCCCCGCAGCUCUGCGAGGCUGCUCUACCCACCACCUCCACCACUCCUCCUUCCCCAGCCCCUCCAGCCUGCAACCAGCCAAACCCCGAGCAUCCCACCAGCACAGCAUCCAAACAGCCCAUAGUCUAUCCCUGGAUGAAAAAAAUCCACGUCAGUACUGUGAAUCCCAAUUACAAUGGAGGCGAACCCAAGCGAUCCAGGACAGCCUACACCAGGCAGCAAGUUUUGGAGCUGGAAAAAGAAUUUCACUAUAACAGGUACCUGACCCGGCGGCGACGCAUCGAGAUCGCCCAUUCCCUUUGCCUCUCGGAGCGGCAGAUCAAAAUCUGGUUUCAGAACCGGAGGAUGAAAUGGAAAAAAGACCACAGGCUGCCAAACACCAAAGUACGGGCGGCGGCGGCCGCGGGGACCGCGGCUUCCAGCGCCCCCCCGGCCCCCAGCACGGCCGCGGGUGAGGAUCUGCCCUCCGCACCCGCGCAGGACCCGCGCACGGAGGAUAUCACCAGGUUAUAAACACCCCCCCUUCCGCCUCCCCACACCCGCACACAAAUGACUCUGGAUUAUUUAUAGAAUCUAAUAUAUAUAUAUAUAUAUUUUGGUUCUUGCUUCCCGUCCUUUCUCCCUUUUCCUCGUAGUUUUAUUAUUAUAAUUAUUAUUAUAAUUAUUAUUAUUUUUUUUUCCUGUGCGUAUUAAAAAAGACCAACAAUGGGUCCCCCCCCCCAGGACCACGGGCUUUAGGUGCAUGUCAGAUAGCAUGAGGCCAGGUGUCUGUACCUGCAGGGUGGGCUUUUUUACGCCAUUUCAGGGGGGCUAUUUAUUUUUGAGAGCCGUGGGGCUGGGGAGGGAGCGCAGGGCGGGGGGGGGGAGAGCGGGAAACGUUCUGUUGGGUGAAUCGAAUGAAGAAACGCUGAUAAUAUUGACGCCAAAAACCCGAACAAAAAGAACAGGCGAAUUAAGGUAUUUCCCCCCCCCAUUACAAAUGCACAAUGAGCUGAGGAGUUAUUAAGUUAUUUUGUAGGAAUGGGGGGCGGGGGGGAGGUAAAAAAUAUCACGAUUUAGAAAGAAAGAAAACCCCAAACAAACAAAAAGCAGCUACGAAACAGCACACGAGGCUUUGCUGAGGAAUUGAGAAGAAAAGGGGGAGCGAGAGAGAGAAAGAGUGACCUAUUUAAAACGCAAAGGUUUUAAAAAGCCAGUAGAUAGGGUUUUCUGUCGUGGUUAUUUGUGUUUUUGGACUGAUUUUACAUGAUCAUUGUAAACUUGCAAUAAAGAGUUUUAGUGUGUAUGUGAAAGUCCCAGUGUUCAAUAAACCAGUCAGUGUGAAUUAGUUUUA